AUGAGAUCACCAGUUUAUUUCUACACAUCCUUCCUUCUCUGCCUGGUCCUGGGGAUCAUUUGUGUGAUCUUUGUGUGCUACUGGAACACGAGGUGGCGUGGGGGUUUUGCAUGGGAUGGCUCGGGCCUGCAGUUCAACUGGCACCCAGUCCUCAUGGUCACAGGGAUGGUGGUGCUGUAUGGAUAUGCUAUAGUCCUUUACCGUAUUCCCUUGGCCUGGGGGUGGAACAAGCAGCCUUGGAAGCUCCUGCAUGCAGGUCUGCUGCUGCUGGCAUUGCUUUUGUCAGUCCUGGGGCUCUGUGCUGUCUUUAACUUCCACAAUACCCUCAGCAUCGCCCAUCUGUACUCUCUACACAGCUGGCUGGGCAUCUCCACAGCAGCUCUCUUCACCUGUCAGUGGGUGCUGGGACUGGUUGCGUUCAUUUUCCCUUGCAGUCCAGUAUUCUUCCGUAAACUGUUGAAGCCUAUUCACAUAUGGAUGGGAAGCAUCAUCUUCAUCCUAAGCAUUGCAUCAUGCAUCUCUGGCAUCAAUGAAAAACUCUUCCUUGUUCUUGAUCGCAACUCCACCCAGAGGUACUCAGCACUGCCCCCAGAAGCUGUUCAUGCCAACUCCCUGGGAGUUCUCAUUGUGGGGUUUGGACUGGUCGUCCUAAACAUCUUGUCCAGACAAACAUGUGAAUGGUCAGAGCCAGGCCAUUUAGAGCCACUACUUCAUGAAGAGAGUUGAAGACAGAACCCAUCCAGAUCCCAGAUGUAUUCUGACCAGGGAGAGCCACACAGCAUAAAGAACCUUGCAACCAAAAGUUUCCUUCUGCAGCUCUCUGAAUGGUAUCUUGUUCUAGCAAACUCCAGUUAGA